UUCACAAGUGUGACCGCUGUAUGUGACUUGAUUAGCACAUACAUAACGUUACAAGUCGUAUAUUUUCAAGAUGGCUUCCUCAGUAUUGAGAAGACUAUACUCCAAAUCCCCUUGCUGUUCCAUGGUUUCAUCAUUCCUGAACUGUUCAAGGUCACCAACAGCCUUGCUUACAGCUCUUCCUCCACAUUGCAAGUUUUCGCAAGAUAGCAAAGACACAACAACAACAACAACAGAAGAUACAGCCAAACUCUCUCUAAACCUAGAAGGAAAGACGAUACAAGAACUUUUAGAUGACGCCGUCACAGAAAAAUCAGAAGGACCGAAAGAGAAAGACCUGACAGAGCAGAAGAAGCGCGUGAGAAAAGACCCUCGAAAGAGCACGGUCUUCCUGUUCCCGGGACAGGGGGCGCAGUUUGUCGGAAUGGCGCGCAGCCUGCUGGACUAUCCGCACGUGGAGGAUAUUUUUACGAGAGCGAGGGAUAUCCUGGGGUACGAUAUCCUGCAGCUGUGUCUGAACGGACCUCAGGAGGAGCUGAACAAGACUGUCCACUGUCAGCCUGCAGUUUUCCUCACAUCGCUCGCAGCUGUGGAGAGACUGAGAGAGGACAACCCCUUGGCUAUGGAGACAUGUGUUGCUGCUGCAGGCUUCAGUGUGGGAGAGUACGCAGCUUUGGUCUUCUCUGGGGCCAUCUCAUUUGAAGAAGCUCUGUAUGUAGUGAAGGAGAGGGCAGCGGCCAUGCAGCGCGCGUCAGAAGAGGUCCCCAGCGGGAUGUUGUCCGUGUUGGGCCGGCCGCAGACCAGGUUCCCGCAGCUCUGUCACGAUGCCAGGAUCUACUGUAAGGAAGUCCACAACAUGGAGGACCCGGUGUGCAGCAUAGCGAACUACCUGUACCCACAGGCUAGGGUUAUAGGUGGGAACAAGGAGUGUCUAGCAUACAUAAGGAAAUACGGGAAAGAGUAUGGACUGGUGAGGAUGAAGCCAGUACCGGUUAGCGGAGCCUUCCACACUUCCCUCAUGGAGUCCGCCCAGGACGCUACACACAAGGCCUUACAGGAGGUCGACAUCGAGGUUCCUGUCAUCAACGUUCACUCCAACGUGGACACAGCCUCGUACCAGAACCCGCAACAGAUGCGCCGCCUACUCACCAAGCAGGUGACGUCCCCGGUAAAGUGGGAGCAGCUCAUGCACACGCUGUACGAGCGUCCCCAGGGGCGGGGGUUCCCCGACACGUUCGAGGUCGGACCGGGGAGCCAACUGGGCGCCGUGCUGUCGCGAUGCAACAUGAAGGCACGGCAGGAGUAUCGCAAAGUUUCGUGUGGAGAGGAAGAUGACAAUACUAGCAGUGUUCAAGCUACGGCCAAUGAUUAGUUUCUUAGAUUCUUCUACAUGAAAUGAAAGUUAAGCUCAAAUGAACUGAAUGAACAGUCAAGAUAAUCUUCCACUGGUAAUGAGGAAGAAGACAGGUGCUAUAUACCCCAUAUAUACAGGAGUACCGGAAAGUCUCGUAUGGAGAGGAAGACGACAAUAAAGCAAGCUGCAGGCAAUGAUUAGUUUCUUAAUUUCUUGUACAUGAAAGGGAAGUAGAUUCAAACCAGUUAAGCUCAAAUAAGCUGAAUGAACAACUGAGAUAAUUUCCGCUGGUCAUGACAAAGAAGACAGGUUCUAUAUACACCAUAUAUACAGAAAUACAGAGUACCAGAAAGUCUCGUGUGGAGAGGAAGAUGACAAUACCAGCAGUGUUCAAGCUACGGCCAAUGAUUAGUUUCUCAAAUUCUUCUACAUGAAAUGAAAGUGACAAAGAAGACAGGUGCUAUAUACACCAUACCGGGUAUAUAUGUGUACUUGAAAGUCUUGUGUGGAGAGGAAGAUGGCAACACCAGCAGUGUUCAAGCUACGGCCAAUGAUUAGUUUCUUCUACAUGAAAUGAAAGUAAUCUCAAACCAGUUUGCUCCACGGAACAGAAUGAACAGUUGACAC